UGCGCGUGACGUACAUGAAAGACAAUCUCCUUUGGCCGCGGCGCGAGACAAGAAGAUUAUUAGUCCACGCUGAAGGGGGGACGGAGGGAGCUGGACGGAGGAAGACACCAGUUCCUGCCUCUUGUCUGCGUGUGGACUGACUUGAAGCUGAAGCAGAGAGACAGAGAGAGAGAGAGAGACACUCCCUCAGUUUGAUAGACUCCCUCCGGAGGUGAGAGCAGGUCGGGCGCAGCUUCACCGGACCGAGCCCUUCUUAAUUCAGGAAGAAGAAAAAAGAAGAAGAAGGAGACAGAGAAAGUCAUGGGCAAAGGAGGAGAACUAAAAAGAAGCUAGCGCCUACUGAAAACAAAAACAAUUUGAGGCGGAGGACAGAAAGGCAGACGCGAGGAGAGGAGGAAACAAGGGGAGCGAGAUGGGGAUGGACUUCAGCACUCUUCGGACCCUCAUCAGCCGAUAUUGUGCCGGCGAGGAGAACUAUGUGGACAGCAGGACAAUUUAUAUCGGACAAAGGGAGCCUCCUCCGGGGACGGAGGCCUUUAUACAGCAGAGGUUUCCUGACAACAGAAUAGUGUCCUCCAAGUACACGUUCUGGAACUUCAUCCCAAAGAACAUGUUCGAGCAGUUCAGGAGAGUCGCCAACUUCUACUUCCUCAUCAUAUUUCUGGUUCAGCUGAUCAUCGACACCCCCACGAGUCCCAUCACCAGCGGGCUGCCGCUCUUCUUUGUCAUCACCGUCACGGCCAUCAAGCAGGGUUACGAGGACUGGUUGAGACACAAAGCAGACAACGCCGUCAACCAGUGUCCCGUGCACGUGGUGCAGCGCGGGAAAGUGGUCCGCAAACAAAGCCGCAAGCUCAGGGUCGGGGACGUCGUCUACAUCAAGGAAAACGAGACGUUCCCGUGCGACCUCAUCCUCCUCUCUUCAUCUCGAGAAGACGGGACGUGCUUCGUCACCACCGCUAGUCUGGACGGAGAGAGCAGCCACAAGACAUACUAUGCAGUCCAGGACACCAAAGCUUACACCGCAGAGGAGGACGUGGACUCCAUCCACGCUACUAUAGAAUGUGAACAACCACAGCCGGACCUGUACAAAUUUGUGGGUCGUAUCAACAUCUACAUGGAGAACGAGCCGGUGGCCAGGCCGUUAGGAUCGGAGAACCUGCUGCUCAGAGGGGCCACGCUCAAGAACACUGAAUACGUCUAUGCGGUUGCCAUCUACACUGGCAUGGAAACCAAGAUGGCUCUCAACUACCAGUCCAAGUCCCAGAAACGAUCCGCGGUGGAGAAGUCAAUGAACGCCUACCUGGUGGUCUACUUGUGCAUUCUCAUCAGCAAAGCCCUCAUCAACACGGCGCUGAAGUACGUGUGGCAGGCCAACCCCAACCGAGAUGAGCCGUGGUACAACGAGAGGACGGAGGUGGAGAGGCAGAGACACGUCCUGAUCAGGGCCCUGACGGACUUCCUGGCCUUCAUGGUCCUCUUCAACUACAUCAUCCCCGUCUCCAUGUACGUCACCGUGGAGAUGCAGAAGUUCCUGGGGUCUUACUUCAUCAUGUGGGACGACGAGAUGCUCGACGAGGAGCUCGGGGAGAGGGCCGUCGUCAACACCUCGGACCUGAACGAGGAGCUGGGACAGGUGGAGUACGUCUUUACGGAUAAGACGGGGACGCUCACAGAGAACAACAUGGAGUUCAUCGAGUGCUGUGUGGAUGGGCAUGUUUAUGUACCACAUGCUAUCUGUAACGGACAGGUGAUGCCUGGUGCCUCCAGCAUGGACAUGAUUGACACGUCGCCAGGUCCCGGAGCCAGGGAGCACGAGGAACUCUUCUUCCGGGCCCUGUGCUUGUGCCACACGGUGCAGGUGAAAGAGGAGGAGACGGUGGACAGCAUCAAGCACGGCAUCCACCAGGGCAGGUCCACCUCCUUCUACAUCUCCUCCUCUCCGGACGAGGUGGCGCUGGUGGAGGGCAUGAAGAGGCUCGGUUUCACCUACCUGAGACUCAAGGACGGUCAGAUGGAAAUCUUGAACAGAGAGGAUGAGAUUGAGAGAUUUGAGCUUCUAGAGGUUUUGACGUUCGACUCAGUCAGACGGAGGAUGAGCGUCAUCGUCAGAGCCGACACUGGUGAGGUGUAUCUGUUCUGCAAAGGCGCAGACUCCUCCAUCUUCCCCCGGGUCGUCUCAGGCAAAGUGGACCAGGUCAAAGCUCGGGUGGAGCACAACGCAGUGGAGGGUCUGAGGACGCUGUGUGUCGCGUAUCGGCCCCUGAGCCCCGAACAGUACCAGGAGGUCUGCCAUCUGCUGAGCGGGGCCAAGCUGGCGCUGCAGGACAGGGACAAACGUCUGGCCGAGGCUUACGAUGUAAUUGAAAAAGACCUGAUACUGCUGGGAGCCACCGCUGUGGAGGACAGGCUCCAGGAGAAGGCGGCGGACACCAUCGAGUCGCUCCACAAAGCCGGCAUGAAGGUGUGGGUGCUGACCGGGGACAAGAUGGAGACGGCGGCCGCGACCUGCUACGCCAGCAGGCUGUUCCACCGCAACACGCAGAUCCUCGAGCUGACGACCAAGCGCACCGAGGAGCAGAGCCUCCACGACGUCCUGUUUGACCUGAGCAGGACGGUCCUGAGGCAGCACGGGACCAUGACCCGGGACUCUUUAUCCGGUUUAUCAGGUGACUGCCCCGACUACGGCCUGAUCAUCGACGGAGCCACCCUCUCUGCGGUGAUGAGGCCCGGCCAAGAGGACUCCAACUCAGGGAACUACAAAGAGAUCUUCCUGGAAAUCUGCCGCAACUGCAGCGCCGUGCUCUGCUGCCGGAUGGCGCCGCUCCAGAAAGCGCAGAUUGUGAAGCUGAUCAAAGCCUCCAAAGAGCACCCGAUCACACUGGCAAUCGGAGACGGAGCUAAUGAUGUCAGCAUGAUUCUGGAGGCCCAUGUCGGCAUUGGCAUUAUGGGUAAGGAGGGUCGUCAGGCUGUGAGGAACAGCGACUACGCCAUCCCAAAGUUCAAACACCUCAAGAAGAUACUGCUCGUCCACGGACACUAUUACUACAUACGCAUCUCCGAACUCGUGCAAUACUUCUUCUACAAGAACGUCUGUUUCAUCUUCCCCCAGUUCCUCUACCAGUUCUUCUGUGGCUUCUCGCAGCAGCCACUGUACGACACAGCCUACCUGACUCUCUACAACAUCAGCUUCACCUCCCUGCCCAUCCUGCUCUACAGUCUCAUAGAGCAGCACAUUAACAUGGACAUCCUGAAGAAGGAUCCCUCUCUGUACAGAGACAUUGCCAAGAACUCUUUACUGCGGUGGCCCAUCUUCAUCUACUGGACCGUCCUGGGCGUGUACGACGCCAUCGUGAUGUUCUUCGGAGCCUACUUCCUGUUCGACAACACCACCUUCACCAGCAACGGACAGCUAAUGACAACCAACACACAGAUGAUGUUCGGAAACUGGACGUUUGGGACACUGGUCUUCACUGUGUUAGUCUUCACUGUUACAUUUAAGUUGGCUCUAGAUACUCACUACUGGACGUGGAUCAACCAUUUCGUCAUCUGGGGCUCGCUGAUCUUCUUCGUGGUCUUCUCUCUGCUCUGGGGUGGAAUCAUCUGGCCUUUCCUCAACUACCAGAGGAUGUACUACGUGUUCAUGCAGAUGUUGUCUAGCGGCCCCGCCUGGCUCAGCAUAAUCCUCCUGAUAACGGCCAGUCUGCUGCCAGAUGUGGUGAAGAAGGUCAUCUGGAGGGCGCUGUGGCCCACCACCACUGAACGCAUACAGAACGCUGAUAAACUAUACAAGGGCCAGCUGUCGGAGUUCACCCCCCUGGCGUCUCUCCACGCCCCGCCAAAGUCUGGCAGCCACCGGCGAGGAUCGGAAAACCAAAGGAACGCCCCGAACCCCCGAAGGUCUGAAAACCUUUCCAAGAAAAUCAUGUACACGCGCUGGCAAAGAGCGCCAGACUACUGCACAUUCACCCCCCUCCUCCGAUUUUCAGACGGCUCCCGCCAAUCAAAGCAGAGUCACUCGUACAGUGGGGCGGGGCCUGAAACCUCAGUCUGACCUUUAUAAUUUUGUCUGCUGCUUUUUUUCUUCUUCUUUUUUUUUUAAACUCAUAUACCCCGAUAUCACACACGGUGGUAUCCAGUCUGAGCUGAACUGAACAAAACAGCGAAUCAGAUAAACACGUGGAAUGUAAAGUUGCCCAAAAGUAUCUGGAACUAAUUUAUUUUCCGAGCUGAAAUCAAAUAACGGACUAAGUUGCAGGGUUUUUUUUUUCUAAAUCUGAUGAAGGGAUUACAAAGAACGUGACCUUCGUAACUGGACUCCAUAUAAGGGCUCUGUGUAUUUACCACAAGCUUUGUUUCCCACUAAAACAUGUGCACUGGCCCUUUACUUGUAUCUGCCUUGGGGGGCAGCUUUAAGUGUACUUUAAUUAUUAGGAUUUUUAAUAGUUGUGGUGAAUGGAACUGUGAUGAUGGCGGGAAUGACGAUGAAGAGGUUUCGAGGUUUCGCUGACCGGACAUUCCCUCCUCUUUUAAUUCAUCCUCGCCUUCUUUCCUUCUCUCUGUCUCGUUCUGCAUUUUCCAUAGGACUAACUGGUGUUGCCUGUGUGCAAACAUGUUAUCCCGAAACACUCCGUAGGACUCUGGAGUCAGAUCCUACAACAUUGUAAGGAGGGCUGCAGUAGAGGAGGAAAAGCCAAAGUGUUGGGUUGAGGAUUUACAGUUGGUCUUUCUACCAACUUUAGCUCCGCGUCCGACACUUAAGCUUUCACAUGUGGGUAGAUUAGCGUGAUUGGUGGGAUAGAUGUACGUGUGUCUGUGUACUGUCUUUAAGUGUACACCUUAUAUGUGACAUAUUUAUUAGUGAUGGCAUCCAGUAGAAAUGGCUACUUCCUUGCUGUUGCCUGCUGCCUUAAUAUCACACAAAAUCAUGUACCAAAGAUACUACGAGCUCCUUUGGAUGAUAACAGAUACAAAUAUUGUGUGUUUAUUUAGUUCUGAAGAAAAAGAAGAAGAAAAACCGGAUUUGAUUUUCGAUUGUAUACAUUUUGUUGUAUUUCCCAACACAACAAAAAAAAACUUUUUUCUUUUUUUUUUUUUUACAUCAAGUGCCGUUCUUGUUGCCUUAAAGUUUAAAGAACACAUGUCCAUUUAAGCUUGGUUCAUACUUCUGCAAAGUAUCCACACCAUGCUCGUGUGCCUGGUGUCGGCAUCAUUCUGUAAUUGCUCAAGUCAAACGCUAGGUGGCGACAAGUCAGCUGUGUUGAGUUUCUGAAGUAUACUGAGGCAGUGGCCUCAUUUAGUAUAUAGCCGAGCUAAUACCGUAAAAGACAAAAAAAACAGAGGGCACAAUCAUACAAAAUGUGGAAAAUGCCGUUUCAAACAAAUGAAAUAAGUAAAAAUAAUAAGAGCAUUAAAUUAAUUGUUUAAUUAAGAACUUAACUAUAAAAUGAAAACUUGCAUUUUAAUUGUGACCCUGUGCUCUCCUUUUCCGUCCUCCUCAUCAUAAAUGCCUCGUAGUCUGUGUUGUGGUUUGACCUGAGGUGUAGCAAAAGUAUCAAGAUUUUGAUUUGAGAAUCAAUUUUAGAGCCUGGUAUCGGAAGUAUCGAUAUCGAUAUCCGGGCAGCUGAUGCCAGGCUACGCCGUAGAUCCACUGCAGAAGCAUGAAUCGAGUUUUAGUCGUGCUAGGAAAUCAGUUCUGUGCUGAAGAACUGUACUGGCAUUGGUCACACACAGGAACUACAAAAUAUAUGAUCAUAUUCAAUAAAAGGCACAGGAUACAAAAGCAAAAACUUGAUGUAACUUAAUUCCGUAGCAGCCAGUCAUCUAAGCAGGUUAACAUAUUUCCAAAAACUGUUACUAUUCAUUGAAAUUAUUUGAUCUAAAGGUUCACAUCUGCAUAUUAGCAACUGAUAAAGGGACACAGAAGUAAAUAUGUGGGGCUCUUCAAGUCCAGAGUAUGGGCAGCUUAGUUGUUUAGGCUUAGCUUGAUUAUAGCACCAGUAGCUUAGCAAUCCCGCUCUUAAAAGCCUUAAUGACACGGGCCUUCACGGCGCAGUCUGUCUCAACUCUGUCUCACAUUUACUUUCUAGCUGUCUCUUUGUUUCCUCCUUCACCUCCCUCCGCUGAAGCCAUGUGGAACUUUUCUUACCGGUCUCAUCAUCGUCGUCAUCAUCUUCUCGUCUCCAUCCUCCCGUCUGUUUCGUCCGUCGACCCCACCCUUCGUGAGACCGAAUAGAAAUGACGUACUCUUCUCAAUAGUGCUUCUAUGAACCAAAGCCUUGUCGCUGCUAGAAAUACGUUUAGCUGCUUUACAUUAGGUGCCUUGUGCUAGUUGACGAAAUCUGUUUGUGCUGAACUGUCUUUGCUUGCUUGUUAUUUGGUGAGUCGACUACUGUUAAUAAGCGCUGGGACGGCGCAAAGGCUCUGCGGGGGAUGAAUGUACGGAUGCACUACCGACGAGCGACUGUGAGAAUGACAAACAAAGUAAAAUGGUGAAUGUAAACUUAAGUUUUCAUGCAGGUUAUUCCGAGGAACAGUCGGUGAACAAAUUCAUUGCAUUUUUUUUUAAUUGUUUUAAAGUGUUUAACGUUUGCCCAUCUGUCUUUAAAAUGUUAUAUUUUUUACUGUUUUUUUUUUUUUUUUUUUUUUUUGGUCACGUGUAAAGUUCCCCUUUGCACACUGGAAAAGAUCACGAUCCGAAGAUGUCUUUGUUUUAACGAAAACUGACACACCGUUAAGAAAACCAUCACAGCAACACUUUUCCAUUCUUUGUGAAAAUACUGGCUUAGGUAACCAGACAUAUCGGGACUAAAAAUCCUUUCUGAGAGCAGCGAGGAGCCUCUCGUAUCAGAGGCAGCCGAUUGUCGCAACAAGCUAAGAGAACCAAUGAGUAGAACCAAACUGAAGCUGAAAUAUUGCCUUUCCACUGCAAAAAAAGUGGCCUCGAAGCAGUCAAAUGUCGGCCACCUCAACGAAGAAUGUUAUUGGAGCUUGAAUUGUCUGUUAACUUGAAGACUCUUUCUGAUGGUCCAACCAAUAGUAAACAUAUUCUCUCUUAUAUAGAGGGUAGGCAUGUGACGUCACAGCUGGGGGAAGUCUCCAUGGUUACGCCACUGAGUGGCAAAAAGUGACAGUUGAAGAUGGAGAUUAGCAGCAACAGUUUGAAUCAUAGGUUUUAAAUAACUAUUAAACACUAAACUGAAUAUUUGUAAUCAUCCUUUUAACGCAACAGUGUUGUAUGGCUUUACUUCUCAGUUAAGCUCUUAGCGUUAGCAUCUUUUAUUUAAGUACAUUUAAUAUAACUGAACUAAAACUAACUCAAACUGAGGCGAAUCCACUUUUCCAAAUCCAAAAGAGUUGGUAUGGAUCAUUGUCGAGUCCAAUUGUCCUUAAUUUGAUCUGAUAAUUCACAUUUUCCCCGUUUCUCGCUGUUUUUACUGAUACCAUAUUUUCGCCACUCAGAGGGGCGUGGCCCCGGGCGGCAGUGACGUCAAUGCACGCCCUCUAUACUUGAUCAAAAUUAAUUCUGAUCUGAGUUAAGGGACUUAACUAACUGGGGGUUGAACUGAAUUCAAGCUUUUAUUCUUUAUUACUACAGCUGACAGGGUGUCAGUGGAAUCUUCAACAAACCAAUAAAACACCCACGGCGACGGUAGUAGUUUUUGUAUGUACGCUAGAGAUCACGGGAGACUUGUUACUCAUUACAUUUUUUUUUUUUUUUUUUACUUUUUGGAGACAGUAUUUGACUUGUGUCUUGCUUACGAGUGGACACUGGACACGUGUGUUUGUAUGUAUGCAUAACUUAAAAGAAAAGAAAAAGAGAUUACUGUGGCGUUAUAGCUGAUUCUCAGAUGCACUGAACCGUCUGAAGAUUGACACUUUGCUGUAGAAACUUUCAAAGCCAUUUAAGGUGGAUUUAAGGUUAUGUCACUCUCGUCCUAACUAUCCCAAUCUUUCACUCCUACCUAAACAUGACAGCCUUCGAACUGAAUGUUAUCUUCACUCUUUUACAAUGUGUUACGGUAAAGUGAUCUUCUCAUAACCAAUGGUAUCGAUAAAUCUCAGCAGAUACAACAUAUAUAUAUGAAUAUAUAUAUAUAUAUAUAUAUGAAAAAAAAUGUAGUUAUGUUAAUUAAUGUACAGUUUUGGGGGUCUUUUUGUAUACAGUUUUUAACAGAGUCAUAUCAAGAUUUAUUGUGGAUGUUUGCCAACCUUUCUGUAGCUAUGGACGGCAGGCAACUGUAUAUUUGCUUCAAAAUAAAAGCCAGAAGUGUAUGAAAAUUGAA